AUGUCCAACACCACUGUUGAAGCUCCCACCAACGAUUGCACCAUUCCUGACGAUGUUUUAAAAGCCUACAAGAAGGUCCGUCUCAGUAGCAGCAAGCACAUGAUGGUGAUGGUUUUAAAAAUUAAUAAGGAAGACAGUUCAGUCAUGAUUGAAGAACAAUUUGAUGAGACUACUUUUGAAGAUUUACAAUCUUAUUUGGAUGAUGUCAAUUUGCAACCACGAUAUUUGGUAUUGUCUUAUGCUUGGCAACGAGGAGAUAGAGUUCAAUAUCCAUUGAUGUUUAUUUUCUAUACUCCAAAACAUGCCAAUCCCUAUGAUCAAAUGAUGUACUCUAGAAUGAAGCUUCCAUUAGUGAGAAAAUUGGACGUGCCAAGAAGCUAUGAAAUCCGUGACUAUGAAGAUCUCACCGAAGAAUGGUUAUUGGAACAAUUGAACAAGAAGUAA